GGCUGGGGGAGGCAGAAGCCGUGGGCGGCAGGCCGGCGGCCACCUGCUGCCUUCCUCCUCCCUCCCCUUUUCUUUCUGAAUGCUGGAAGAUGCUUUUGUUCCUGAGCCAGCUCUGGUGGCUCCCUCCCCCUUGCUGCACGAUCCCGGGGCGCGUUCAGGUCGCUGGACCCCGUAAAGGGGGCCCCGGCCACGUGCUGGGCGCGGGCCGGUACUGGGGUGCUGCGCGUGCACCCCGCACUGGGGUCGCUCAGGGGCCUUGGCUGCAGGAGGGCGGUGAGCAGGAAAGGGAGGGCAGCUGUCAGGACCAGCGCGGGGCUGGCUUCCCCGAAGAGCAGCGGCCCUGCUGGGGCACCGAGGGAGCGGGCACUGCCCUUGUCUGCUGCGAUGAAGCCUGCAUCCCCGCGGCUCUGUCCCGCUGGGUCAGUGAGGAGCCCCAGUGGGAAGAAGUUCCGGAGCAAGCCCCAGCUGGCACGGUACCUGGGGGGCUCCAUGGACCUGAGUACCUUCGACUUCCGGACGGGCAAGAUGCUCAUGAGCAAGAUGAACAGGAGCCGCCAGAGGGUCCGCUAUGACUCCUCGAACCAGGUCAAGGGCAAGCCCGACCUGAACACGGCCCUCCCCGUCAGACAGACGGCAUCCAUCUUCAAGCAGCCGGUGACCAAGAUCACCAACCACCCCAGCAACAAGGUGAAGAGUGACCCCCAGAAGGCUGUGGAGCAGCCUCGGCAGCUUUUCUGGGAGAAGAAGCUGAGUGGCCUGAAUGCCUUCGACAUCGCUGAGGAGCUCGUGAAGACCAUGGACCUCCCCAAAGGCCUGCAAGGCGUGGGACCUGGCUGCACAGAUGAGACCCUGCUGUCGGCCAUCGCCAGCGCCCUGCACACCAGCACCAUGCCCAUCACGGGGCAGCUGUCGGCCGCCGUGGAGAAGAACCCGGGGGUGUGGCUCAACACGGCCCAGCCCCUCUGCAAGGCCUUCAUGGUGACCGACGAGGACAUCAGGAGGAGAGCCGACGGGAAGCAGGAGGAGCUGGUACAGCAGGUGCGCAAGCGGCUGGAGGAGGCCCUGAUGGCCGACAUGCUGGCCCAUGUGGAGGAGCUGGCCCGGGACGGUGAGGCGCCGCUGGACAAGACCGGUGCGGACGAGGAUGAUGAGGACGACGAGGACGAGGACGAGGACGAGCCCGACCAGGACCAGGAGAUGGAGCAUGUUUAGAGCAGAGGCCCCGGGGAGCCCUGCCUGCGGGGAGCCACUGCCAACUCCAGCUUUGCCACACUUGGACCAGGCUCUGUGGCCCAGCCCAGGAGGAUGGCGGCCCCUCCUAGGCCUUCCCAGGCGUGUCCCCUCCCCCAGGUCCACGGAGGCACGGCUGGAGGACAGCCCCUGCCUGAUGGGCCCCCACGUUUGCUCUUCUCUGAACGGCCUGGGUCCGGAAGUGCCAGUCGCCCCCGGGCCCCGCCUGCAGGAGGCCGUCCUCGGAGCCAUCACUCCACACUGGACUCGGGACCGGCCUCGUCCCCACGGCCGCCUCAUACAGGACAGCUGCCCCCAGGCGGCCUGUGAGGUCCCCCAGGGGCCGGAGGAGCUUUUUCUGGGACAGUCAAGCUGCGGGACGAUAUUCCAGGGUCGACACAGGAGCCCUCCAGGUGCAGGCUGGCUCCCCUGCGUGCCCCCAGCGGGCGAAGCCGUCGUGGCUCCGAGCGGCACACACCAGGCGUCCUUCAAUAAAGCCGUGACGCCAGUGAGGCUGGACGUCCGCAUGACUGCUUAGCCUUUGUGUGUGCUGCACGUGGACGCCAGUUCUGGCCUCCGUGCUGGGAAACCUCGCCGUCCCCACGCUCCCAGCCCUGCCUGAGGGGCAGCCAGCCCCCAGGACAGAGAACUCGCGGCUGACUUGCCCGGCGGGGCUCCAAGGCAGCUGCGCCGGCUGCCAUCUGCGUCCCCCUCCCCCCGUGUCGCAGGGACAGUGACGCCCCUCGCUUGGGGCCAGAGCUGGCGCUGGGGCCGCGGCUCCUCGGAGCCCCCGGCCUGGGGUGUGUUGUGCGGCCCGGCAAUUCCCGGUGCCCGGAGCCACGGCCCCUGGGAGCCCUGGGCACGGAGUCCGCGUGGAGUUCCUUCGUCCCGCGCCCUCCAGCCCCGAGUGCCUUGGGCGGGGCAGCCACCCUGUCCCCGCGCGGCCCCGACCCACAGCCUGAGACCGUCAGGCAGGACCCGGGUUGCUGCCUCGUGUGGCCGUCACCCUGGCCGGCCCGGAGGGUGGGCAGAUGGCGGAGCCCCUGCGCCCCAGGACGCCGGCCCCGGCCGGCCGGCAGCAUCCCGCUGGUCCAGUCAAAGCACAGCUCCUCGGGAGCCACCCCCAAGGCUGAUGUUGUCCUGCCUCUCACGCAGGCUGCACCCGCUGAGGGAGCUGUGCCUGGGGCUGGCCCCUGCGUGGGCCUGAGGCCCGGAGCCCUGCUCAGCGGGCGGGACCGCGGGGCCCGGGAGGCACCCCGUCCUGCGGGCGACCGUUGAAUAAAGCCAUCUCGGUGA